GUUACUUUAUUGAAGUAAUUCUCAUUAAGACACGUGAAUCUUUGAUUUAAAAAAAAAAAAAAAUACGUUUUUGCAUGUAUGAGUAGCAGAGCUGUCACUGCGUCUUUGAAGUAUGCCGGCGUGGAACGAGACGCUGCAGCACCGAGGAGAGGAGCCGGCUUCCGCCCUCGAGCCGAGCACCGUCGUCAGUGACCUCGAGAAUAACGAUGUGAUGUCGGGAAUAGAAACUGUCCGGUUGAGUAGUGGUAUUUCUUCAACUGCAGAAGUAACUGAAAACACAAUGACCAAGAUUCCAAGUGUCAUCUACGAACCUUGUGAUGAAAGUGAGCUUUCGUCAACUCCUAUGGAUGAAAGGCACUACACUAUUGACAAAUUACCAUCUUUGCAACUAGAUGAAGACUUUGACAUUGACCAGUUUACCAGCUCUUCAAGGGAUCCUGUGUCUUCAAUUAGUCCUCUCACUGUGCAAUCCUGUCCAAAGGAACAGGUGGAACUUCCGGAUGAUGACGAUUUCUUGGCACAGUUUCCUUCAAUCGAUGUAAAUGAAAAGAAAAAACCACCCAAAAAGCCUGCGACUCGCAGAAGUAGUCGCAAGACCAUUGCUCAGUACGCCAUAAGAAGUCCCGAAAAUUCACCGGAACGUUCUCCCAGUCCACCUCCACAGUCCUCUUCAGUACCUACUCCUGCACUGAGCGUGUACAAAGUUACUCCAAGUAAAUCUGUACCCGUUGUGGGAGUUAUUUCCAGUCUAUCCACAAGAGACCUUGAUAAACCACAAAGCAGUCCUUUGAAUUUGAAAAAACGCCCAAGUGAAAAAUUGGGUUUUGAUGGAAAUGCCGAAAACAGAAAUCCAAAAAGAGGUAGGAUUGUUGUUUGCCAUAAUGUUUUUGAUGGAGCUACUCCAUCAACGUCUCAGUUUCCUUUGAUCGAGAAACAAAUGAAUAUACCUGGUAAUCACGAUUACUUAAGAUCAACUUUCAAAAAGGAUGAAGAUGAGGAUGAGGAUAAAAAAUCUGAUGAAGAUGAUGACAGCAUAAAUCAUAGCAACGAUAGCCAGUAUCAUGAAGAUAACGAUUAUGGCAGUGACGACGAGGAUGACAGUGACUACACGGAUGAAGUGGCAGACAUGCUGUUUCCCAACAUCGAAGAUAGCAUCAACUUUGAUGUUGGUGCUAUGAUUAGAAGGCCAAAGGGAGGUUUUAAUAAAAACAUUGCUAUGGGUGAUAAGCGAUAUAAAGAGUAUCGGCGUGAAAAGCUUCUUACCACGAAAUGUAUCAAGAGGCUGUACAAUUCUAUAUUAAAUAUUCCAAAAGAUCCCGUGAAAAAAAAUCCAAAGGGUCUAAAAGUACCUUUGAUGAUUCAUCAGAAGCAUUCUUUGAAAUGGAUGAAAUGGAGAGAAGAGCAGGAGCCUUGUGGUGGCAUACUAGCCGACGAUAUGGGCUUAGGUAAAACACUUCAGUUGAUAUCACUUGUCCUGGAUGCAAAAAAUGAAAGAAAAGAAAAAGAAAAGGCUAGUGGAGCUCCUGUGGAAGACAGUGAUGAUGACUUGGAUGAUAAUUGGGGUGUUGUUCCACAUCCGCGUCAAGGUAAGGUCUAUAACGGCAGAACUCUGUUGAUCUGCCCUCCCUCUCUAAUCGAACAGUGGGAGAGAGAAAUUCAUACUAAAGUGCGUCCAGGGCUUUUAAAGUCUUACGUUUACCAUGGAGGUGGUAAUAAAACUAUCACUGAGCAAAGACUUGUAAAGUAUGAUAUAGUAAUUACUAGCUAUCACUUGUUAGCCAAAGAACAUGAAUUGCAUGUUGUACCCAAGCGGCACGUGGAUUCAAGACUUUACAAGAUUCAUUGGGAGCGGGUUAUUCUCGACGAAGCUCAUUUCAUACGCAAUCACAAGGGGAAACAAAAUACCGCUUGUUGCGAAGUAAUCGCGCGUAGCAGGUGGGCUCUAACUGGAACCCCAAUCCAAAACAAAGAGACCGACCUUUUUGCUUUGUUGAAGUUUUUAAAAUGCUCGCCCUUUGAUGAGCCCGCAGUCUGGCGCAAAUGGGUUGCCAAGUGUACAUCGAUGGGUAGUCAAAGACUUGUUGUGAUUACCAAGUCGCUGAUGCUUCGUAGGACCAAAGAAGAGCUGAUCACCCAAGGUAUGAUUGCAAACUUGCCGGACAAGAAAGUCCAUACUAUUGAAAUCGAGUUGGAUUCUGACGAGAUGAUGGUGUAUCAUAAACUAUUGAUGUUUUCGCAAACGUACUUUGUGGAAUUUUUGAGACAGCGCAAAGACAAAGAGUAUUUCAAACUCCACGGCUUUCAUCCCAAGAGUCACUCUCUCAUUACUCAAGAGGUGCCCGAGAAACUUCCAAAAUCUAUGAAAUUCUUACUAAAACAUCAUAAACAAAUUGAACCCCACUUCAUUCUAACACUUAUUCUGAGACUGCGUCAAAUGUGUUGUCAUGCUUCAUUGAUAUCUGUAAUGCUGGACAAAGAAGAUAUGGAGUUAUGUGGCUUUGAACAAACUGAGUCGGUAAAUUCUCACGUCAUUGAUGAAAUCAACAAAGUUAUUGCUGAAGAAAGCGAAGAAGAGAGCGACAAUGAGUGGUCCGAAGUUGACGAAAAAAUAGCUAAGAAUGUCUUGUCUAGAUCAAAUCCUGUCUUUCGAAUGGAUAGGCAAAGCUCCAAGGUUCGAGCUGUUUUGAAAAUCAUUCAAGAAGUUUUAGACAGAGGGGAAAAAGUUGUCGUAGUUUCCCAGUGGACGAGUUUUUUAAAUGUCAUUGCUCACUUCCUCAAUAAAAUCGAUGGUGCCAAUUAUGGCAGAUUCACUGGCCAAGUUCCAGUGAAAGACAGACAAUUCAUUGUCGACAAAUUGAAUGAUCCGGAGGAAAAACUCAACAUUCUUCUCUUGUCGUUAACUUGCGGUGGUGUAGGCUUGAAUCUUGUUGGCGCAAACAACUUACUCAUCAUCGAUCUCCAUUGGAAUCCUCAACUCGAAACUCAAGCCCAGGACAGGAUAUAUCGCUUUGGACAAGAAAAUAAUGUCAAAAUUUACAGAGUUAUAUGUUCUAAUACGAUUGAAGAAAAAGUUAAGCAACUUCAGGAUAAGAAACUUGACCUUGCAAAAAAUAUUUUAAGUGGAACCGUUUUAACCAACAUAUUAACAAUCGAAGACAUGAAAUUGUUGUUUUCCUAA